UGUGCGUUUUGGCUGAUCCUUUUCUUAUCAUUACUGUUCUCGUUGUUGUCUAGUUGCCCUAUACAACCUAGGGCACUUAUAGCCGACUGGUCGUUGUAGCAUCCGAUUCCGGCGAUGCUGGGUUCCUUCCAUUACUGCUACUACUGGCGGCGGUUAACAGCGAUCUGACUGGCGUUUUGGAUUGUCCUGCCAGACGGACGACUGCGCCACGAAUAGUAGGGCCUCCUUUGCUAUCCGCAGAGGGAGUGCAAUCAUUUUAAUAGUUUUGUGUUCAACGACAGUUAGUCAUUAGUGCGACGAUCACUGUGCUAGUGGUGGUAAUUCUAGUAGUACGUACUGUUGAUACGUUGAGCGGCAGGAGCUGCAAUCGCAGAAAGGGGUCGUUCGUCAGGGGAGCGGCUCGACAACGGAGAAACGAAGCUUCUACGUAGUGGGUGCAUGGUGCUGCUCGUGGUUAUGCAAAUGAAAAUGGUGGUUAGAUAAUUGUGGCUAAUGAGAUAACUAUAACAGAGAUCAGCGACAGGCCACUGGUGUGUUUUCUUUCUCUCAUAUCCUCUCCAUCUGUGCCAUUGAGGUCCUCGGUCGUUGGACUUAGUGCCCAUAUAAUACCAAAAAUUGAUUAGAUCGUCCUUUACUAUUGGCAGGCAGCUGUACGGCUGUCUUCGCUUGACAGCCCUCGUCUCAUCGCUGAGCGAUCAUGACCGCAUGAGGAUAUCUUCGAAUCCCAGCAGAACCUGAUGGUACGCCACCGCCACCGUUAGUGGAUUUGCAUCUCCCUGAUCGUUGUUGUCAUCGGCGAUGACUAGAGGGUGUCGGUUGAUAAGGCAGAUGUUGCUCGAUGACGGUGAUGCUACCACUGCACGUUCUGCAGGAGGUUGGGAUCCGCGGUCUACGCUCAGUGCUCUAGAACGAUCCCCCGCGCGAUCGCUACCUAUACCGUUACCGACGCAACAAUUCGCCAACGGUUACCGUAACUACAGCCAUUACGGCGACAGAAAUAACAGCAAUAGCUGGAUAACAAUGUGUAAUCAUCAUCUAAAUAAGACAGCUGAUAACAUGAAUAUUAAAUACAACUAUGGAAAAACGCUGAUAGAACAACAGGAGUGCUCCCCUCUAUUCACCAUAACAGCGAGGAGAUCAGGAGAAGACCAGAAGGUCGAAGGAGCAAAAACAGACCAUUUCGGAAGAGGAGAGGGCGGAGAAGCCAAAGUAGAAGGACGAAAAGACACAAAACGAGCGGCUGGCGGAGUUUCGACGACAACAGCGAUAAUUAAAAGGGACGAAGCUUUAACAUCGAUGCUUAAGCGAACCUUCGUUCCAUUUUCUAUUAUGUGCCUUGUGCUCCUUUCACAGCUUGGCCACGCGAGUCAGAUCAACCGACGGCCUGAGCAACUUGAAAACAUCACCGACAUUUUAAAGAACAUUCUCAACGGCUACGACAUUCGGUUAAGACCUAAUUUUGGGGGCAAACCUUUGCACAUAGGAAUGGAUCUGCUGAUCGCGAGUUUUGAUAGCAUCUCCGAGGUAAAUAUGGAUUACACGAUUACACUGUACCUGAACCAAUAUUGGGUAGACGAGCGAUUGGCAUUCAGUUCCGGUGAGGGCGGAAGCCAAGAGUUAACGUUGUCAGGUGAUUUUGCCGAGAAGAUCUGGGUGCCAGAUACGUUCUUCGCUAACGACAAAAAUUCAUUUCUUCAUGAUGUCACGGAAAAAAAUAAAAUGGUUCGACUCAAAUCAGACGGACACAUCACGUACGGAAUGAGGUGUAUACUAUCGGAAGAUCAUUAUGAGUCCAAAGGAAAAUAUAUGCACAGAUUUACGACAACCUUAGCCUGUAUGAUGGAUCUUCAUUAUUAUCCCCUUGACGCGCAGAAUUGCACCGUGGAGAUCGAGAGCUAUGGGUACACAGUGGACGAGGUGGUAAUGUAUUGGAAGCAGCCAACGCCCGUUCGAGGGGUGGGAUCAUCUGAAUUGCCGCAAUUCUCAAUCGUCCGUCAUGAAACGACAGAUAGAAAAGAGUCCCUUGCUACCGGGACGUAUCAGCGGCUGUCUCUAAGCUUUGAAUUGAAGCGCAACAUCGGCUACUUCAUUUUCCAGACCUACUUGCCUUCAAUCCUCAUUGUCAUGCUCUCUUGGGUCUCGUUCUGGAUCAAUCACGAGGCUACUUCUGCUCGUGUCGCGUUAGGAAUCACGACGGUGCUGACGAUGACGACGAUAAGUACUGGUGUGCGAUCAUCUUUGCCCCGAAUUUCCUACGUGAAGGCAAUAGACAUCUACCUCGUGAUGUGCUUCGUGUUCGUCUUUGCCGCGUUACUUGAAUACGCCGCCGUCAAUUACACUUACUGGGGCGCUCGAGCCAAAAAAAAGCCCAAGCGGCAGAAGAGUAAAACGCUGGAUGAAAAGUCUCCUUCACCACCGCCUCCGCCGCUCAAUGUUCCCAACGAUGCCGUUUAUCCGAACAACGAAGAGAUCAUCGAGUUGCACGACGUGCGCAUGUCGCCCAUACCUUGCAUCCGGAACCGCCGCAGAUCGUACGGAAAUAUCUCCGAAGGAGAUGGCAAAUACCCUCCGUCCUUCAGAAUCACACACAGAGGAAAUUCAUAUAAUUCCAGGGCAACUGUCGGCUAUGCCACGCGGAGACGCUUCCGUUCGGAGUAUGGUGAGCGGCGGCCACGAAUGCUGGCCAGCCUCAAGCGGCACGCUUCGAUGAUCCGUACCGCCAUACCUCGGAUCAAGGAUGUCAACAAGAUCGACAAAUACUCGCGCAUCAUUUUCCCAUUGUCGUACAUGCUCUUUAACGCCGUCUAUUGGUGCUUCUACCUGCUCUAACCCACCGCGUUCGGCUAGUAAAAGAGGGUAUCGACAAAAUAUUAUAUGCUCUAUAAAUUAUACCAUUUAAACUGACACAAACAGCUAACGAUUCCAAGGAUUAGAUUAAACAAUGGUAUGGUAAGAUAAAAAUGUAGAGGAGAAGGGGAGAGAGAGAGAGAGAGAGAGAGAGAGGGGGGGAGGGAGAACGAAUGAAGACAAAGUAAAGAGGACGCAAAAUACUAUGUAUUACAACUACAAUAUCUCGUUGUCUGCAGUUGUUGGUACAACUGCCGUACUUUUUUUGUUUACAUGCCAACUAUGUGGAUAACAAGCUACUGGAUGAAAAUGACUGAUUUACUCAGAAUAACGUAUAAUAAUGAUACAACUACUAUGUAUUUAUUAAUAAAAAAAAUAUUGAUUGA